UGAUGAGAGGAAGAGGAGCGUGUCAUCGUCUGCGCGCUCUCCGCAUUUGGGACGCGCUUUCUGCAGGAGCGUCGCGUAUUGCAGGUUAUGAGAGAUUUGCUACAAGACGAUUGACCUCAUUGGGCAGUUGUACUGACAUACUCACGGGAAGGUUGCUCAAACGCGAUACUGGAGCGAAAAGGAGCUGCAAUGGAGACUGAGAGCGCAUUGGUGCUCGUGAGGACGGUAAACAAGCGCGGGUGUGACUCGAUGUGUCUUCUGUAGGGCAAACGCUCUUCUGAAGGAUGGGCUACUCAGAUCCGACAGCUAAUAGAGAUCUGUUAGGAAACAGAUCCUUGUGUUUUAUUUUCAUAUGUGCUUUUGGACUGGUCACCUUAUUGCAGCAAAUCCUCUAUGGCAAGAACUACAUUAAAAGUGGGCAACAUUUUUCCCGCCUCAAAGGAGAGGAGGUGGGCAACUGGAGCGGGCUCAUUAGUUACCCCGAUGAUGGAGGGAUGAAGCCGGCCAGAAAUGGGAGGAAAAGAUGUGUCCGUCAGAAUUUUCCGCAUUCUGAGGCUCAGAGCUCCGUAGUUAUCACGCCCUGCCUAGCUGAUAUUAAGAAGAAAAAAAAAGAAAAGAAAAGGUAUCUGGAACGCCCCGAUGGCUCUCUGGAGUUCAACUCCACUUCCUGCAAGGAACUACGGCAGGAAAUCACAGAUGUGAAAGUACUGACCAUGGUGAAGACUUCAGAGCUGUUUGAGCGAUGGAGGAACCUGCAGGUGUGUAAGUGGGAGCAAAACAAGGAGGAGGCGGAUAACUUCAAAACGUCUCUGUCACGUUGCUGCAAUGCCCCCUCCUUCCUGUUUACCACAAAGAGAAACACUCCCUCGGGCACCAAACUGCGUUAUGAGGUGGAUACGAGUGGAAUCUUGCACAUCAGCCCGGAGGUCUUUAAAAUGUUCCCUGAUGACAUGCCCUAUUCCAAAUCCCAGUUUAAGAAAUGUGCCGUCAUCGGGAACGGGGGCAUCAUCAAAAACAGCAAAUGUGGACGAGAGAUUGAUGCAGCUGACUUUGUCUUCCGAUGUAAUAUUCCUCCCAUCUCAGAUAUGUACAGUGAAGAUGUGGGAUCUAAGACUGACCUUGUUACAGUAAAUCCCAGCAUUAUAACUGAGAGGUUUCAAAAGUUGGAGAAAUGGAGAAAGCCAUUUUACGAUGUUCUGCGGAACUACGAGAACUCCUCUGUGGUUUUGCCAGCGUUCUAUAACACGAGGAACACAGACGUGUCGUUCCGCGUGAAGUACAUGCUGGAUGACUUCGAGUCGGCCCGCGGCGUGUUCUUCUUCCACCCUCAGUAUCUGCUGAACGUGCAGCGCUUCUGGGCCGUGCAGGGCGUCCGCGCCAAACGCCUCAGCAGCGGACUGAUGCUGGUCACCGCAGCCAUGGAGUUAUGUGAACAAGUGCAUCUCUAUGGCUUCUGGGCAUUUCCCAUGAACCCCUCCGGAAUCUUCAUAACACACCAUUACUAUGACAACGUCAAGCCCCGCCCCGGAUUCCACGCCAUGCCACAUGAGAUCUUCAACUUCAUGCACAUGCACGCUCGCGGCAUCGUGCACGUGCACACGGGCCCCUGCAGGUGAAAUGUACAAGCGUGUGUCUCUGCAAUCUGAUUGGUCCUUUUUGUAGAGCUCCUCCCAUUCACUGGCACCACAGAACUUGGACUUAUGUGCGUGUGCACGAAUAGUUGCCUUAAAGGCCAGGCGUUUUAUUGCUACGUGUUUUUUCAAUAUCGUGUCGGGACAGUUGCAAAAUGAUAUGUGUUUCCUGUUUGGUGAUUUCCCGUAAUGGUGUCGUAUUUGUGUAUCACAGCAGAUAUCACAUUUUAAACUUUGUGAGGAGGCGCCAAACCAUGCACAAUGCAAUAUAGAACACUACAGAUGUUUUCCAGAAGUAAAACUUAUUCAUUUUCUCCAAUUGAUUCUUAAUGAUAAACUUUUUAAGACCGACCUGUUGAGCUCUUUUUGUUACUGAUCGAUGGUAAAUGCUUUUGUUGAAGCCAUCUGUUCGCAUUAACUCAACUUAUUUUUAAUCAUGUUUAAAGGUGCAGUCAUUUUUUGACUGUACUAAAGCAUUAAAAAAUACCAUAAUAGGUUUGCAGACAUUUAGGAAACUUUUUAAGUUCACAUACAGUUUUCUCUGAAAAUGCUAGAGCCAGUUAUUUGAAAUGUGUUCUGUGUCGGAAUGUCGGUUUUUGUUUUGGUCUGUUUGAUUCCACCCACUGCCAGUUUAAACAAAAGUAUUUAGACACCCUGGGUUGCCAGUUCACAGAAAACACAGCAAAUUGCAGCCAUCACAGCCAGCAAACGAACUAGGGCAGAGAUCGCAGAUUCUACCCAACCUAAAAAGCCUCAUCAUUCAUCUAAAAAGCUCUAUGAUCAGAGGAAUAUUAAACGCAGAUAAAAAGAUUCAUCAACUUGGAGUGUAAGAAUCACUCAUCACCUUCCAUUGUUUAUUAAACUCGUUCUUGUUGCCUAUCCUCAAUCUGGCAACCCACGUAAGCAUCCAGCAUAUCUCCAGUAUUUUGAAUUUGGACUGCGGUACCCAUUGCCACCACUAGCUGUCAGUAUCACUGACUAAAUUAAUAGUUUUGUAUUUCUUAAAAACAUAAAACUAUUAAUUUCUUAUAUCAUCUGGUUUAAAGACAGAUUAAGCCAGGAUUUACAUGGUUUAAGAGCAAGUUUAUUGUUCAUUAGCAACCACAUCAGUGCAUAAAAGUAAACUGAAUUUGACAUUUCAGUCGAAACUUUAUGCAUAAAUACAUGUUUAACGCACAGGUUCUUAAGUUAUUUAAGAUAAAUUAUGGGAAGUAAACCUGACGUUUAUGACUUUCACACACAAUUUGUGAUUGAGGUUUUAUUGUCUUUAAAUCGACUGAUCGUGUUUAUAAAUCUGAACUUUAUAUACUUUGUUUUCAGGUUGCUUGUAUAUGAUAUUGUGAUAGCAAUGUGACUUUAUCACUUUACCAAGAAAUCAACUGUUUAAGAUUCAUCAAGAUCCUGAUUUCAUGAAACUUGAAGGCAUCAAUCUAUCACCAUUUAUUUCUUAAGUUGCACAACAAUAUCUGGCACAGAAUUAAUCAAUUAUUCUAUUUUAUUUAUUUUUUUGUACUGUCAUUGUUUUGUUAGCACAAAUGUACAGUUAUUUGACAAGCCAAUAAAGCACACAGAUCUAAGCUUCAAAGCUUUAUGAUGCUCA